AUGGAGGAGGAGCGUCGGCGAACUCAGAGCCUGAUUGGCUACUCGGGGUCCGAAGCCGACGCCCUCUCGGUUCCAGACUUCGCCCCUAGAUACGCCACGGUCUGCCGCAGCAGCUCGACUCGGAGCUCCGACCCCAACGACGCGACUGUCAACCGCAGCCAAUCGUCAGUCACGCUGCGGCCCAGGAGGAAAGGCCGGCCCCCGACUCCGCCCAAACGGUCGUGUUCCUCCAUCUCCGGGGGCGACGGGCUAGGGGAGGGGCUGGGGGGCCUGCUGGGGGUAGAAGGGUUCAGGGAGAGGCGAGCCAGCGACUGUGGAGGGCUGGCAGAGAGGAGGAGGAAGGAGGAGGAGGGGGAGGGGGGGCUGGUGAGGUCAGAAGGGGCGGGGGGGAGCGUCCGGAGCAUCGCCGCCAUGUUGGAGACAUCGAUGGGAGGAGUUGGACCAGGAGGGGGAGGGGCCAAGACCCUGCCCAGAACCAUGAGGGGAAGCGGCAGCUACCUCAACCCUCCACAGGUGAGUCUAGCGGCGCUGCGGCGCCAGGCCGGGUCAGGUGGUCUGGGGUCUGAUGAUGACGACGUCGUGAAUCGCCGUCGGACCAUCAGCGGUCCGCUCACCGACCAGACAGAUUCCGCCCAGAUCCAGUCCCCACGGCAACAUACUGAGCUAUGCCCAGAACCACGCCCACGCUCCACAGUCGCCACGCCGACAGGAGAAGGGCUUAUUACGGAUGGAACAGCGACCAUCAACCGAAGGAGGAAGCCCCCCCCCCUCCACUAUUCUGACGGAGAGAAGUUCCAUCUGACGGAGACAGACACCAUUCGGCGACGCCCACGCAGCCGCGAGCACAGCCACGACCAAUCAGACGACAGCACAACCAGCAGCAGCCAACCAGAGAUUAGCAUAACCAGCAUCGACCAACCAGCGAGUGGCACACCUGGCAGCAGCCAACCAGAGAUUAGCAUAACCAGCAUCGACCAACCAGCGAGCGGCACACCUGGCAGUGGCCAACCAGACAUUAGCAGGAAGAGCAUUGACCAACCAGAGAGCAGCGCGCCAGGCAUUGACCAAUCCCAUCGCAGCCUGUUGGCCCCCCAGCAGCUGAACGGAGGGGUCGACCAAUCACAGCGCGUCGUCCUGCGGAGGCGGCCUUUGUCGGAGGCUGAGGCGGCCUCUCGCAGGGAGAGCUGUGAUAGGCCAGAAGUCAGGAAGCCGCUGAAGCCACCGGUGUCGCCCAAACCCUCGAUGGCGGCUGUGAGGAGACAACAGCAGGACCCCCCCACCCCGACCAGACGCGUCCCCCUGCCUGGACCUGAAGCUGACAGUCCUGACGCGUCCCCCUGCCUGGACCUGAAGCUGACAGUCCUGGUGAGUUUAACCCCUGACCCCUGA